AGGGCGGGGCGCACCGCGGCGCAGGUUGCGUCAGCUGCGCGCGACCCGGCUGCUCCCUACGCGGGAUUCGGAGUUUCCUCGCAGCAUGUCUGUCAUCUUCGCUCCUGACUGGCUACGCGGCAAGGCCAAGGUCAACCAGGAGACUAUACAGCGGCUGCUGGAGGAGAACGACCAGCUCAUCCGCUGUAUCGUGGAGUAUCAGAACAAGGGCCGCGCGAACGAGUGCGUCCAGUACCAGCAUGUGUUACAUAGAAAUCUCAUUUAUUUAGCUACCAUCGCAGAUGCCAAUGCAAACAGUCUUACAACAGCAGUGGAAUGAUCUCGCAGGAGGCUGAUAGGAGACGUGACUGAAUGGAACCCAUCUCCUAUGAAACAGACACAGAAUUAUUAGCAACCAAGCUGCUUAGAACAUGGGCAAAAAGUCCGUGAUUCAGUUUAGACUGUGAAGAAAGCUGCUUCUAACUCCACUAUAUUCUUAGUGUAAAUAUUUUAGUAACAAGCAGGGCCCAUAGUAAACACUGUGACAACAGUGCCACUAUCACUGUCAACAAAAUCAGUAGUGCUUAUUUAUCUGAUUAACAUAAUAAUAAUAAAUGAUGUGCACUUGAGUAUCCCAAAA